UUUUGGGGUUUGUCGUCGCGGCACCGCUUCCUUUUGGUGUCCUGGCCGUGCCCUACAGCAUCAGGGGCUUGGUCCUGAAGCGGCACGGUAGCCUUCCCUCGGUGUGACUGGGGAGAGAGCUGCUGGCAUGGAAUUGAGCUGGGUUUGUCCGUGGGAACUGUGAGUAAGGUUGCCAUCACGAAAGCCAAAGUGGAUUUCUCCGGUGUGGUGUGCCUGCCCCCUUCCGUCAUUGCUGGAAAUGGGCUGGACGGAGGAGGGGCUGGCGAAAAUGACGAUGAGCCGGUGCUGGUGUCCCUUUCGGCGGCCCCCAGCCCUCAGAGCGAAGCUGUUGCCAAUGAGCUGCAGGAGCUCUCCUUGCAGCCCGAGCUGACCCUCAGCCUCCAUCAUGGCCGAAACCCCAACCUUCCUCCGCUCAGUGAAAGGAAGAAUGUGCUGCAGUUGAAGCUCCAGCAGCGACGCACACGGGAGGAGCUGGUGAGCCAAGGGAUCAUGCCGCCUCUGAAAAGCCCAGCUGCAUUUCAUGAACAAAGAAGGAGUUUGGAGCGGGCCAGGACAGAGGACUAUCUGAAACGGAAAAUCCGGUCCAGGCCAGAGAGAUCGGAGCUGGUUAGGAUGCACAUUCUGGAAGAGACCUCGGCCGAACCCUCCUUGCAGGCUAAGCAGCUGAAGCUAAAGAGAGCCAGACUGGCAGAUGACCUCAAUGAGAAGAUAGCGCAGAGGCCAGGUCCCAUGGAGCUGGUGGAGAAGAACAUCUUGCCUGUGGAAUCCAGCCUGAAGGAAGCCAUUAUAGUUGGACAGGUGAACUACCCAAAGGUUGCAGACAAUUCCUCCUUUGAUGAGGACAGCAGUGAUGCCCUCUCCCCCGAACAGCCAGCCAGCCAUGAGUCCCAGGGGUCUGUCCCAUCGCCGAUGGACUCCCGGAUUUGUGAGCCUCUCCCUAGCACCACUGGCACAUCACUAGCUCAGGGUACAUCCCAAUUGCAGAUCAGUGCAGACUCCAAUGAAACACUUUUCCUACCCGAACAGCCCCCCCCGCCUCUGCCACCUCCACCUCUCCUGCCCCCUAGUCUUACCAAUGGAGCGGCUCUUCCUGCUGCCAAGCCCCCACCGACGCUCAUUAAGCAAAGCCAGCCCAAGUCUACCAGUGAGAAGUCUCAGCGCAGUAAGAAAGCCAAGGAGUUGAAGCCGAAAGUCAAGAAGCUUAAAUAUCAUCAGUAUAUCCCCCCGGACCAAAAGCAGGACAAGGGAGCUCCUCCCAUGGAUUCAUCCUAUGCCAAAAUACUGCAGCAGCAGCAACUCUUUCUCCAGCUUCAGAUCCUCAACCAGCAGCAGCAGCAGCACUACAACUACCAGACCAUCCUGCCAGCUCCACCGAAGCCUCCAGGAGAGCAGCAGAGUGGUGCCAGUGCCCCUGCCGUACGCAAUCUCUCUGCCACAGUCAGUAGCACCUCUUCAGUAUCCUCCGGUUCCAGCGGGCUGAUGCGACAGAACAGUAACGCUGCAGUGGGCAAGCCAGGCCCUCUCCCUGCCAACCUAGAUGAGAUGAAGGUGGCAGAGCUGAAGCAGGAGUUGAAGCUGAGGGCCUUGCCUGUCUCGGGCACAAAGACGGACCUGAUCGAGCGUCUCAGAGCCUACCAAGAGCAGAACGGUGCGGCCGGCCCAACCACCCCCACUCCCAAGCCCAGCGCUGCAGCCAUUCUCCCCAAAGCUGCCGAAGUGGUGGUGGCCUUCCCUGCCGCCAGGCUGAGCACGGGGCCAGCCCUGGUCACCACGGGCAUUGCACCAGCAGAAGUGGUCGUGGCCACAGUCACCGGUAGCAGCGUGAUGAAGUUCGGCAGCACGGGCUCGACUCCUCCCGUUUCUCCCACUCCUUCUGAGCGCUCGCAGAUGAGCACGGGGGACGAGAACUCGGCCACCGGAGACACCUUUGGAGAGAUGGUGACCUCACCCCUGACCCAGCUCACCCUGCAGGCCUCUCCAGUGCAGUUUCUGGUGAAGGAAGAAAGCUCCAAGCCUUCCUCCUGCAGCGUAAACGCGGCACCCAGGUCAGAGCGGUGCGGCACUGGUAACAGCAGAGAUGCAGAAGUUAGGGACAAGGACCAGAUGCUGCAGGAGAAGGACAAGCAGAUUGAGGAACUCACCCGCAUGCUGAAGCAGAAGCAGCAGCUGGUUGAGAUGCUCAGACUACAGCUGGAGCAGGAGAAGCGCUCUCAGCAGUCACUACCGGCCCCAGCGGCUGCGGGAGAAAGAGCAGCCCUCGCCUCCAGCCCAGCAGCGUUCGGCAUCCAGGUGAAGAGCGAGAACGGUUUCCUGAGCUGCCAGUCCGCAAAGCCAACCAGUGGCCAAACCGACCAAUUCAGCCCCGCACCAGCCGCUAGCCAAAUGGACACUUCGAAUCCAAGCCCAGUGCCAAAGAAAGCCGUGAUGGUGAAGCAGGAGGUGCCAGCCGCGGAAGCAGAGCCCCCGUGCCAGUCCCACAGCCCGCGGCUCUUCCUUGGCCAGCAAGGGAGCGCCCUGAGCGACCUGAUCAAGGGCAGCCCGCCCCCCACCCUCAUCACCGACUCCACCGGGACCCACAUCGUGCUCACCGUGACCAAGCAGAGCGCCGAGAGGCAGGGCCUCUCGCCCCACGGGAAGGCAGGGAGUAGCUGCCCGGCCUUGCAGAGAGUACAAUCAUCGCCCGCUAAAACUUCCAGCCAACCGCAGUGUCAGCUACCUGCAAGCACUCCUCAGCAGCCCACGCAGCAGAAGCAGCAGCAGCAGCCCACGCAGCAGCAGAAGCAGCAGCAGCAGCCCCGAGGACUAAACCAACCUGUCAGAAAGGGUCAGAAGCCAGGCCUGCAGGUGGUCACAGGGCAGCAGCCCCACACCAUACUGUCUUUCUCAGCACCUCCAAACCUGCAGCCCUUCUUCCUCAACGGUUUCCACAAAGGGUCCCUGAAAACUGGUGCUCCUGGCAAGGCCGGCCAACCCAGUGUGCCAGAAAAGCCCUCAUCCCAGCCUGGCUCUCCUGCUGCCCCCUCCCCAUCCCACAUGGACCUGGAGCAGCAGCAGCAGCAGCAGCACACGUCGCUUUUUGGAACUCCUCCACCUCCUCUCCCUGUUCCCUCGGUCCCAAUGAAAGAGCCACCAGGCUAUGAAGAGGCCAUGAAGCAACAGCCAAAGGCCCAGGAGAACGGCUGCUCCAGCCAGCAGAUGGAUGACCUGUUCGAUAUCCUCAUAGAGAGUGGAGAGAUUUCUGCUGACUUCAAGGAGCAGUCGUCCCCAGCUGGAAAAGACCCACCCGCGGCCCCCGCCUGCUCCUCGCCGCCCAGCAGCCACCAUUCCUCGGAGCUGGCGGUGCCGGGCUCCCUGGGGCAGCCGGUGCCCGUGGGCCGGCUGGAGGACUUCCUGGAGAGCAGCACCGGCCUCCCGCUGCUGACGGCAGGCCACGACGGGCCGGAGCCCCUGUCCCUGAUUGAUGACCUCCACAGUGAGAUGCUGAGCAGCUCGGCCAUCCUGGACCACCCGCCUUCACCUAUGGACACCUCGGAAUUGCACUUUGCUCACGAGCCGGCCGGGGGCAUAGCCCUGGAUCUGGCUGAGGCUAACUUGGACAGCAUGGACUGGCUGGAGCUGCCGGGGGGGUCCGUCAUGAGCCUGGCUCCCCUCAGCACCGCGGCUCCCAGCCUCUUUUCCACAGACUUCCUUGAUGGACAUGAUCUGCAGCUGCACUGGGAUUCGUGCUUGUAACUCUGUGAGCAGAGACCGAAGGGAACGGGUGUGGGAGGGCACGGGCAUGCAGGGGGAAGAGGCCAGUCAACCAAAAAAAAAAAAAACCCACAAAAAAAAAACAAACCACAACAACAAAAAAAAAAAGAAAGGCGCUCCUAGUAUUUGUACUCCUCCCCCAACAGUGUCCUUCCUGCACGAAGCUGGCAGCGGGGCAGGCCAGGGAGGCUGCAGCUCCGGGGCUGGCGGCCUCUCCGUGCUGCCUGGGCCAGCUCUGGUGAGAAGGGAGCCGGCAGCCCCUCUCCCUCCCGGCAGGAGCAGCGCGCUGGGCACGAGUUCCCUCACGCCUUGCUGCAGGACGUGGCAGGAUUGGUCCCGAGCCCAUCCCAAAAGCAGCA